AUGACGUCAUCAUCAUUUUUUGGGCCUGGGUUCGAGCCCUUUCGCGGCCGGCUGAAUGACAUUUCAGGGAAUGGUUCGUGGUGUGCAGAUGCACGUGAUGUAGAGUCAUUCUUGCAGAUUGAUCUUGGGAAUCGAUUCCAAAUCAGCAUGAUAGCCAUCCAAGGAAAUGAGCUUCACGAAUUUGUGACUACUUGGGAGAAACAAGUCAAUUGCAGUUCUCUGGCAAACGAAACUGUUUCACUAAAUUCGUCCCAAGCUGGAAACAUAACACUGGGUAACAACACAAGGGGGCAAAAUUCAUCUGUUGUGGCACAAAAUGUCACCCUGGCUAGCAACUCUUCAGAGAAAAUCAUAUUGGCGAACAAUACAAUGGGGCAAAAUUCAUCUGUUGAGGUACAAAAUAUCACGUUGGCUAACAACGCUUCUGGACAAAAUUCUUCAGUUGAAGCCCAAAGCGUCACUAUUGCUAACAACACUGGGACCAUUGCUGUAAAAGCAACCGUGAAGAAAUGUUUUGAAACUAAGACUCGUCUCGCGAAGGCCUAUGUGAAAGAGUUCAUUUUAGAGUACAGCGACAAUGGCGAUCUUUGGAGGCAGUAUUAUGAAGGAGGAUAUCUGAAGUUCAUAAAGGGAAUCGUUAUGAAAUCUGGGAAACAAUGCAAUACGUUUGAAUGUUCUUUCUGUGUGCAGGAAUUUAAAGGCAACACUAAACCCAAUACAACUGAAUUUCGGAAAAUAUCCAACCAGCUGAUUGCCCGGUAUAUUCGGAUUCGACCUAAAAAGUGGAAAAGGGCAAACUGCCUGCGAGUGGAAAUCUACGGAUGCAAAGAAUGUUCCAACGACCUUGGCGCUGGCACAGGCGAAAUUCCUAACAAAGCCAUGACAGCUUCUUCGCACUUGGGUCCAGGCUACCAACCUUGGCUUGCUCGUUUGUAUAAUCCGCAUGGAGCCUGGUGCUCAGCAGCAAAUGAUGCGUUCCAAUACCUACAGGUUCAGUUUCCACAGAUUCGCAAGAUUCGUCAGCUGCGCACGCAGGGAUCUGUUACUCAAAAAGGAUGGGUAUCGAGCUUUUUUAUAGAACACAGCCAAAAUGGCGAGAAAUGGAAGAAUUACACAACGCUUGGAAAGCUAGAGGUUAUGAAGACUUGAAAUUAUCAUUCAAUAGAUCCAAAUGUUACUUAACAAUUAGAGUGCGAGUUCCACGCUUCUGUAUAAAAUUUAGAGAGCGACUGGCUGACUGAAUUCGAGGUUUGGCUGAUAGUUGGCAAGGGUCAAAGCCCCGAGAGCCAACAUCGAAAGCGAGCCCCUUGUUAAGCACAACCGACUGUGCGAUCUAUUAACCAAAAAAAGUAUAUUUAUUUUAGGAACCAUACGAAAACGCGAAGUUGAAACCAUUUUCAAAGACUGACCAGGUCCAAGUGUCGUCUAUUGAUCAUUAGCCAAUCAGAUUGUGUGUUUACGUGUUUGUCGGUCACUGGGUUGUGCCAGUGGC